UGAAACAGGAUGCAGGUGACAUGUUAAUGUCCGAACAUAUGUCACUAGGAGAGAGAGAUACAGAGAUACAUUUAAUUAGGUGAAAAUCUGUUUGGAUUUCUGCAUAUUUCUGUUUGAAUUUUGCGUGUGUGUUUAAAUGAAAUAACCAGCGCUGCCGCGGUUUGUUGUUUGUGAGCUUGGCAGUGUGUGGUCUGGAUGGGCGUGGACACUGUCUGUCAGAUAUUGAGGCCAGACGGAGAAGGAGGGAAAAGAGAAUACUCUGGAGAUCAAAUAAAGGAUGAAAGAGACGGCGGGAUGAAGGUAGAGACACAGAAGCCAGAGGAGGAAACACACAGUAGGUCAGGCUGUCAGAGAGAGAGAGAGAGGGCGGAGGGUGGUGAGAGGUCCCCGGUGUGGAGAUGAAGCAGGAGGAGGGGAAGGGUCUGUCUGUCGACGGGUUUGUUCCAGCGUGCUGUUUCAGACGGCAUGAAAGAUUCAUGGAGAUGAAAAGGACGGCCGGUCGUCUGGGUAGGACACUCUGAUGGAGACGGGUGGUGGUGGUGAUGCAGGAAGGAGCUGAAGUCCACAUGCACAGACUGACAGAUAUACAGCACGUUGAGGAAGGUGAUAUCACACAGAAGGGCUAUGAGAAGAAACGAUCCAAGCUGAUCGGAGCCUUCUUCCCACAAGCACCAGAAAUGGAUCGGCCCAUGGGCCAGGAGAGGAGAACCCCGGUCACCCCGUCCUCGUCCUCCCGCUACCACCGCCGGCGGUCUUCUGGCUCCAGAGACGAACGUUACCGAUCAGACGUGCACACAGAGGCGGUGCAGGCGGCCCUGGCCAAGCACAAAGAGAGGAAGAUGGCCGUGCCGAUGCCUUCGAAGCGGCGCUCGCUGGUGGUCCAGACCUCGAUGGAUGCCUACACGCCACCAGAUACCUCCUCAGGCUCAGAGGGCGAGGGACAGGGCGACGGAGACGAAGAGGAGGGAGGAGACGGCGAAGAAGAGGAUGGAGGAGGCGGCGGAGGGACCUCGUCCAGCCGGGAGGGGAGCAUCAGCAUGGAGCACUGGAUAAGCCGAGCCAUCCACGGCACCUCGUCCACCACCACGACCACCUCCUCCACGGCCUCCUCCUCCUCUUCCUCCACUCGCAGCGGGGGGAGCGGGGCAGCUGGCGGCAGGCUGGCUGACGUGCUGGCCCAACACGUUCACAUCUCCGCCCACCAUCACCACCUCCGCCAUCACCAUCAUCACCACCACCACCACAAGACAGGCCUUUUAACCCACCUCUCCUUGAGGAGGAGGAGGAGGGCAGUGCCGGCCGAUACUGUAGAGAACGGAAACUCUGGGCCGCGACGCUCCGAGAACCACUCUGCCCCUCCAGAUGUCACCGGCUACACCAACAACACCGCCAACACCACCGUCACCGACGGGAUCCAGGUGGAGAGAGCCCCAGGCGCCGGCACCGCCACCCAGAGACAGACGCCCAAGUACGGCAACGCCGAGCUGAUGGAGACCGGAGACGGUGUUCCUGUCAGCAGCAGAGUUUCAGCCAAAAUUCAGCAACUCGUCAACACUCUGAAGAGACCCAAAAGGCCGCCGCUAAGAGAGUUCUUUGUCGACGACUUUGAGGAGCUCCUGGAGGUCCAGCAGCCGGACCCCAACCAGCCCAAGGCGGAGGGGGCCCAGAUGGUGGCCAUGAGGGGCGAGCAGCUGGGUGUCGUGACCAACUGGCCCCCGUCUCUGGAGGCGGCCCUGCAGAGGUGGGGCACCAUCUCUCCGAAGGCCCCGUGUCUCACCACCAUGGACACCAACGGGAAGCCGCUCUACGUGCUGACCUACGGAAAACUGUGGUCCAGGAGUGUGAAGGUGGCCUACAACCUGCUGCACAAACUGGGAACCAAACAGGAACCGCUCGUCAGACCUGGAGACCGGGUGGCUCUGGUCUUCCCAAACAACGACCCCGCUGCCUUCAUGACGGCUUUCUACGGCUGCCUGCUGGCUGAAGUCGUCCCUGUGCCAAUCGAAGUACCACUGACCAGGAAGGACGCCGGCAGUCAGCAGAUCGGGUUUCUGUUGGGGAGCUGUGGAGUGACGGUGGCUCUGACCAGCGACGCCUGCCAUAAAGGGUUACCCAAGAGUCCCACCGGAGAGAUCCCACAGUUCAAAGGCUGGCCCAAGCUGCUGUGGUUCGUCACAGAGUCCAAACACCUCUCCAAACCUCCCCGAGACUGGUUUCCACAUAUCAAGGACGCCAACCAGGACACUGCCUACAUCGAGUAUAAGACCUGUAAGGACGGCAGCGUCCUCGGCGUGACGGUGAUGAGGAUAGCCAUGCUCACACACUGCCAGGCCCUCACACAGUCCUGCUCAUACACAGAAGCUGAGACCAUAGUGAAUGUAUUAGACUUCAAGAAGGAUGUAGGACUGUGGCACGCCGUCCUGACUAGUGUAAUGAAUAUGAUGCAUGUCAUCAGUAUUCCCUACGCCCUCAUGAAGGUCAACCCUCUGUCCUGGAUCCAAAAAGUCUGCCAGUACAAAGCUAAGGUGGCAUGCGUGAAGUCGCGGGACAUGCACUGGGCUCUGGUGGCCCACCGGGACCAGCGAGACAUCAACCUGAGCUCCCUGCGCAUGCUGGUGGUGGCCGACGGUUCAAAUCCCUGGUCGAUCUCUUCCUGUGACGCCUUCCUCAACGUCUUUCAGUCUAAAGGUUUGAAGCCGGAGGUCAUAUGUCCCUGUGCAAGCUCCCCCGAGGCCCUCACUGUAGCUAUAAGGAGGCCUGUGGAGGAAGGCAACACGCCUCCCGGUCGCGGCGUGUUGUCCAUGCAGGGUCUGAGUCACGGCGUGAUCCGGGUCGACUCGGAGGAGAAGCUGUCCGUCCUCACGCUGCAGGACGUCGGCUCAGUCAUGCCCGGAGCUAUGAUGUGUGUGGUGAAACCAGAAGGCGUCCCUCAGCUCUGUAAAACCGACGAGAUCGGAGAGCUGUGCGUUUGUACUGUCGCCACGGGAACCUCCUAUUACGGUCUAGCCGGCAUGACCAAGAACACCUUCGAGGUCUUCCCGACCUUCAACACCGGAGCUCCCAUCAGUGAGUUCCCCUUCACCAGGACCGGCCUGCUCGGGUUCAUCGGACCCGCAGGUCUGAUCUUCGUGGCGGGGAAGAUGGACGGUCUGAUGGUGGUCGGAGGGCGUCGGCACAACGCUGACGACAUCGUGGCCACGGCGCUCGCGGUGGAGCCGAUGAAGUUUGUCUACAGGGGCCGGAUAGCCGUGUUCUCCAUCACCGUGCUUCACGAUGAGAGGAUCGUGGUCGUGGCAGAGCAGCGGCCCGACUCCACCGAGGAAGACAGCUUCCAGUGGAUGAGCCGAGUCCUGCAGGCGAUAGACGGCAUCCAUCAGGUGGGGGUGUACUGCCUGGCUCUGGUGCCCUCCAACACUCUGCCCAAGACUCCCCUGGGUGGCAUCCACCUGUCAGAGACCAAGCAGCUGUUCCUGGAGGGGGCGCUCCACCCGUGCAACGUGCUCAUGUGCCCGCACACCUGCGUCACCAACCUGCCCAAACCCCGGCAGAAACAACCAGAGAUCGGUCCUGCGUCUGUGAUGGUCGGGAAUCUGGUGUCGGGGAAGAGGAUCGCUCAGGCCAGCGGCAGAGAUCUGGGUCAGAUCGAAGACAAUGACCAGGCAAGGAAGUUCCUCUUCCUGUCCGAGGUUUUACAGUGGAGAGCGCAGACCACUCCAGACCACGUCCUGUACACACUGCUCAACUCCAGGGGUACGAUAGCCAGCUCUCUGACUUGUGUUCAGCUGCACAAGAGGGCCGAGAAGAUCGCCGGCAUGCUGGCUGAACGGGGCCACCUACAGGACGGAGACCACGUCGCGCUGGUCUACCCUCCAGGUAUCGACCUCAUCGUGGCGUUUUACGGCUGCCUUUACGCCGGCUGCGUACCGAUCACGGUGCGGCCGCCUCACCCGCAGAACAUCGCCACCACGCUGCCCACCGUCAAGAUGAUCGUGGAGGUGAGCCGCUCGGUGUGCGUGAUGACCACGCAGCUCAUCUGUAAGCUGCUGAGGUCGAAGGAAGCCUCGGCCGCCGUGGACGUCCGGACCUGGCCUCCUGUCCUGGACACAGACGAUUUGCCAAAGAAGAAACCUCCUCUGCUGUAUAAACCGUCCAACCCCGACACCCUGGCCUACCUGGACUUCAGUGUGUCCACCACUGGCAUGCUCGCUGGAGUCAAGAUGUCUCACACAGCCACCAGUGCCUUCUGCCGCUCCAUCAAGCUGCAGUGUGAGCUUUACCCGUCCAGAGAGGUCGCCAUCUGCCUGGACCCGUACUGCGGCCUGGGCUUCGUCCUCUGGUGCCUUUGCAGUGUGUACUCAGGUCACCAGUCCAUCCUGAUCCCUCCGUCCGAGCUGGAGGUGAACCCGGCUCUCUGGCUGUCGGCCGUCAGUCAGUACAAAGUCCGUGACACUUUCUGCUCCUACAGCGUCAUGGAGCUCUGCACCAAAGGCCUCGGCCUGCAGACCGACUCUCUGAAGUCUCGAGGGUUGGACUUGUCUCGGGUGAGGACCUGCGUGGUUGUGGCGGAGGAGCGUCCGAGGACGGCCCUGACGCAGUCCUUCUCCAAACUCUUCAAGGACCUGGGACUCCACCCUCGAGCCGUCAGCACCUCCUUCGGCUGCAGGGUCAACCUGGCAAUCUGCCUGCAGCCUCACAGGCUGGGAAAGCUUGCUGACCAGGGCACCUCAGGACCCGACCCCACGACUGUGUUUGUUGAUAUGAGAGCGCUGCGGCACGACAGGGUCCGAUUGGUGGAGCGAGGGUCACCGCACAGCCUGCCCCUGAUGGAGUCUGGGAAGAUCCUGCCCGGCGUCCGGAUCAUCAUCGCCAACCCAGAGACCAAGGGACCAAUGGGAGAGUCACAUCUGGGCGAGAUCUGGGUGCACAGCGGCCACAACGCCAGCGGUUACUUCACCGUCUACGGAGACGAGGCGCUGCAGUCGGACCAUUUCAACUCCAGACUCAGCUUCGGAGACACGCAGACCGUCUGGGCUCGGACCGGAUACCUCGGCUUCCUGCGCAGGACCGAGCUGACCGACGCCAGCGGAGAGCGUCACGACGCCCUGUACGUGGUUGGAGCUCUGGAGGAAGCCAUGGAGCUGAGAGGGAUGCGUUACCACCCCAUCGACAUCGAGACCUCCGUCAUCAGGACGCACAAGAGCAUCACGGAGUGUGCGGUGUUCACGUGGACCAACCUGCUGGUGGUGGUGGUGGAGCUGGACGGUUCGGAGCAGGAGGCCCUGGACCUCGUCCCCCUCGUCACCAACGUGGUGCUGGAGGAGCACUACCUGAUCGUGGGCGUGGUGGUGGUGGUGGACAUCGGCGUCAUCCCCAUCAACUCCCGUGGCGAGAAGCAGCGCAUGCACCUGCGCGACGGCUUCCUGGCCGACCAGUUGGACCCCAUUUACGUGGCCUACAACAUGUAGCGCCCCCUAGUGGCCGACAUGAAAUGUGGAUGAAGGAUUAUUUAGGAAGAUGCAAAGACAUUCUGCUCCUGAGACUGAAAAGAAUAAAAACCGGAGCCCCCGAGACAGUUUGUGGCACGAAGGGAGGAAGCGGUCCACUUUUUUUGCCCUGAAUUUCGUCUCUCAGGCAGCGCUUACUCUCAGGCUUAUGUACUGUUGGAAACUAGCUGCCAGAAUCAGGUGGUUACAUUUAGGUUCAGGCGAGGAGGCGAGGUUCGUACUCAGCCUGAGAGGAAGUGCAGCCGACCCCCCAUCCAGAGCAAGGAAGUCCCUUAUGUUUACCGAAAAAGUGGCAAUCGUGUGGCCCGGAGACGGCGGUAGAGGACAAUCUGAAGUUUAAACUGUGUGGCUGACUUUAUAUUUUCCUGUUAAGUAUUUGCUGAAUUCGCUUGUUUUAGUUUUUCUGUUUGUUUGUUUGUAUUUUAACGUCCUUCAAAAAAAAAAAAAAAGUUUAGGCUAUUUUUUUGAAAAGGAUAUUUACACGAGAAUCUAAACAAACUGUGGCAAAAACGAUAUUUUCCGUUUUUACGAUAUCGAUCAUUACAAAGAGCGAGAUAUGUUUUGAUACGAGGGUGGGAACUGAGGGGACGCGUCGCGGCUGUCCUUGGAUUUUACGAUGAGGUACUACACGUUUGUUUCAUGUUAGCUUAAGUGUUACUUUUUGUUUUUUAAUUCGUUAUUUUCUGAACCGUCCGUCAUCAUCGCGGGAAAUCAGUGUGCUAAUUUUCAUAAAAACUAACAGCUGCAGCCUUUAACUCCGUUUAUUUUUCCGUACAAAGACGCUUUCGACUGAAGCGGGAAAAACAACACAUAAGAAUUCAUAUCAUGUAAGUAUGUACAAAAAGAAACUGAUUUAAUUUAUUUUGUUUCUCUUUUAGAAGUAUAUGACGAGACGUUCAAGAAUGUUUUGCUCUUGAAUAUUUGCUAAUAUAAAAAAAACAAAAAAGCGUUGUAUUAUCUGGAGUGAAACACACUCACAUCAAGCAUAUUAUGAAAAAUAGAAAUAUAUGAUUAUAGAUUAUAUUAAAAAAAUAUGAGUUAAGGAUUCACACCAGGCAGAAACAGAUACGACACGCGAUGCUUUUUUAUCUGCAUGUUGGUCUGAAAAGUUUCAGUCAAAUGGAAAAUUAAGAGCGAAACUUUGAGGAGUUUGAUUCCACAAGAAGAGUUUGAAGAAAGAAACUUUUAUUGGAUAAAUUAGAUAAGUCUGUAAAAGUUUUACACAACAGUCAUUAGGAAAUAUUUUUUGUUAAGUUGUCCUUAAAUUACAAAUCAUCAGGUGCACUCAAUAUUAAAAGUUUUAAAAUUUAAAACUACAUUUCAUCCUGUUUAAAUCUUGUUUAUAUUUUCAGUUUGGCUUUUUUCAGCUCAGUCUGCUUGACUUUAAGAUUUCUAGAUACAUUUAAAGUCUUUAUAAAUGUGAUCAUUUGUCCCUUUAUAAAGCAACUGCACUUUAAGAAAUAGAGGAUGAAGUUCAAAGUCCUCGUCCUGAAGUUCAGCUGAAGAUAACGAGUCAAAUCCUGUAUACGAGGUCCGUAGGUUUUACGGGGACCUCGACUGACAGCAGCUGUCAGAAUAUAUAAUUCAAACCUACUUUAAGGGGAUUAUCGAGACAGUGCAUCUUCACUAUCAAUGCAACAACCUUUACAACUCAGCCAAGCAGAAAAAAACGUGCAAAUACAGAUGUAAUGAAAAAAGAUUUGCAGCUCUAGACCUGCUGAAAAUGUUAAACGUGUUUAAGACACAAUGUUGAGUUUCACAGUCUCU